CGUUUUCUCUCUUCCCCGGAAGCUACCUGAUCAUUUCCAUCUCUUUUUCGUCUUCUUCCUCAUCAACCGAGGAAACUGUGCAGACACUCUCGCCGUCAUUCAUAGAUAACGAAUAUGGGAGAAGAGAGAGAGGAUCCACAGAAGCUGAAGAGGAUUGCGGCGGCGGCAUACGACUACGAGAACGACCCGCGAUGGGCGGACUACUGGUCUAACAUCUUGAUUCCACCCCACAUGGCCUCCCGUUCCGACGUCGUUGAUCACUUCAAGCGCAAGUUCUACCAGCGAUACAUCGAUGCAGAUCUUGUGGUUGAGGCUAUGCCAUCAAGUAGUUCAUCUCAACCGGCAAAACAAUCUGCCUCAGCCUCAGCUGCCACAAAUGAUCAAGCUCGACCACGUAGCUCAGGGUCGUCUACAAGAAGUUCGGGGACAUCGGCCACUGCAGGCUCAAAUUCAAAUCAAACUUCUCUGCGUUGGGAUCGAAAAACAAUACAAUUUUCUGUCAAUGCUUGGGUAUUCAUUGUGGCUGUGCUUGCUAUGUUUCCACUCAUACCUAGAAGUCUCUCAAGUAGGGCUUAUAGGCUGGCCUUCAUAGGCAGUGCAUGUUCCUCUCUAUACUCUUUGUACUCACUACAUGGGACACCCCGGGCAUGGAACUUGCCAGCUAUUCAAGUGUAUUUUCAGUCCAUCAUUGCGACCAAGGAUUUUAUCCACUUCAUCUACUGCCUUACGUUUGUCACUUCACAUCUUGGCCUUAAACUUGCUUUGAUUCCCAUUUUAUGCCGAGCACUUGAACAUGCUGCAAAGUUCUUGAGGCGCAAUUUCAGUCGUUCCACCUUGUACAGGAAAUACUUGGAAGACCCUUGUGUGUGGGUGGAGUCAAACAUCACUACCCUAAGCAUUCUCUCUUCACAUUCUGAGAUUGGACUUGGCUUUCUUCUAAUUAUUUCCUUAUUCUCGUGGCAGCGUAACAUCAUACAAACAUUCAUGUACUGGCAGCUUUUGAAGCUUAUGUAUCAUGCCCCGGCUACUGCUGGCUACCAUCAAAGCGUGUGGACCAAGAUUGGGAGGACGGUCAAUCCAUUUGUGCAGCGUUAUGCACCAUUUUUGAACUCACCAAUUUCUGCUAUUCAGCGAUGGUGGUUCAGAUAGAAUUACAGGAUGAUAGACAGAGAGAUCAAUUAUUUGAAAUGGGUUUUUAGUUAAAACUAUAAAUUUACUGGAGGGAGGAAAACUCAAUUUCAGAUAAUUGACCAACUUUGCCAUACUUGACAGUAGAUGGAUUGAUCAUGAAACUACUUGGUAUCUUUUCCCCUGCUCCCUAUUUCUCCCCAGUUCUUACUGGGUAAUGUUUUCUAGGGAGCUUAUGCUCCUUUGGUCUUGUACCAUAGCUACUUUUUGUGUUGCGGAACUACAAGCAAACAAGUAACUAUUAGAAUUGUUAUUUCUUGUGGCCAUUUGCUCUACUCCACAAAAUUAAACAGAGUUUUUUUUU